CACCAGAGGUUCCAAACUCAAUUGACGGCACUGUUUGCUAGUGUACAGUUAACAUAUUGAAAACAACAGCACCAUGUUGAAGAUUGUGCUCCUUGCGCAGUUGGUUGCCCUGGCGACGGCGGCGCCCGCUUCGGGCACGUGUAUGUGCGUCAAUACGGCCGCUUUGCACGUGCGGGACCAGGCCGGUCUCAGUUCGAAUGUUGUCGCUACGGCCUCGAGCGGCGAGUGUUACAAGUUUAACGGCGGCGUUAUCACAAAGGACGGCUACACAUGGUACGAGCUGCAGAACGUUCACGGGCACUCUCGAGUGUGGGCCGCCUCUAACUACCUGACAGUUUCUCCAGCUUCCCACUGCGGAAGCAGCGGCUCCACCGGAUCUCACAGUUUCGCCACAGGGGUGGUCUCCCAACAUUGCCUCGAGUGCAUCUGUCAGCAAGAGUCCGGCUGCACGAACAAGCCGUGUGCUGAUGACGUCGGCUCGCUGUCCUGUGGGUACUUCCAGAUCAAACAUGACUACUGGCUUGAUUGUGGGAGCAUUGGUGGAAGCUGGAAAGCGUGUGCCGCGGACCUGCACUGUGCUUCCCAGUGUGUCCAGAACUACAUGAAACGGUGGGCCUCCCAUUAUAACUGCCCGUUGACGUGUGAGGGAUACUCCCGGGAGCAUAAUGGCGGACCUAACGGCUGCCACCACUCCUCCACACUGGGCUACUGGACACAAGUGAAGACUCACUCGGGAUGCGCACAUGUCCAAUAAAUGUGGAAGGUCGGUCUUGCGAAAUAUCGGGAUAAUGCUUCUUGGAUUGUUAUGUUAAAUCAAUGAAAAUAAAUACACGUAGCGUGAAAAUGUUUAAA